AUGACAAGACACCAUGCUGUUGCUUUACUCUUCCUCAUGCAACUCUACUAUGGUGAAAAUUGUCCUGAAGAAUGCCAGUGCUUCUCAGCUGCAAAGGUCAUUUGUUCGGAGGACAAGAUGAGAGUUUUACCUAACAUCUCUACACAAGUGAAAGAAUUGAUUGUUGUGGCAUCUGGGGUCACACAUUUGGAAAUAAGUUCUUUUAGAGAAAACCUCAAACUUACUAAACUGGUCAUUCUCAACCGUCGCUUAAAAGAGGUUUCAUGCAAGGCUUUUGACCACCUGGUUGAGCUACAGGAGCUUGAAAUCAGUGGAAACGAUCAUUUGUUUACCUUUGAAGUGCAGACCUUCAAUAAGUUGACUAACCUUACAAGGCUUUUUCUCAACAACAAUAUGAUCAGUGUUCUCUACAGUGUAAUGUUUGACUCUUUACAAAAACUGGAAACAUUGCAGUUGAGGGGGAAUAACUUAUCAUAUUUGCCCAAUCUACUCUUUCGAAAUAUGCACAAACUUCAGGAACUUGACCUGUCUUUCAACCGCAUAAGCUUUCUGUCCAGUGAUGUUUUUCAGAACAACUCUCUCUUAAGAGUGUUUUCAAUGCAGGGAAACAUGAUCACAGAACUUCCACUAGAAAUCUUUGCACAUCUGAAUAGUUUGGAAGAAUUAAAUUUCCAAAACAAUAACAUAGCUAAUCUGGAACAUGGAAUGUUCCCAACCAGUCUCCGGAAACUCAUCCUUAAAAAGAAUAAACUGGUCCAACUUUCCUCUGGGGUUUUUCACAAACUACAACUGCUUUCAUAUCUGGACUUAUCUCAGAAUCAUCUCUCGGAGCUACCUAUGGACCUCUUUCACAAUCUCAUAUCACUGAAAAAUCUGGACCUGUCGGAGAACCAGAUUGUUUCAUUACCUAGUACUGUCUUCAAAGGACUUUUCGGUGUAAGAACAAUCAAUUUGCAUAAAAAUAACCUGAGCAUGCUAGAAGAGAGCUUGUUAAGGGAUCAGCAAGUAAUGGAAAAGUUGUACUUAUCCAUGAACAACCUGCAAAAUAUACCAAAUGGCUUCUUCGAUUACCUUGAUUUUCAAUGCAUAGUUCAACUCCAUGGGAAUCCCUGGCGCUGUGACUGUGAAAUACACUAUUUCUUUGACUGGCUGAGGUAUAACAACAACGUGAAAGAUUUGAUUAGAAUUUACUGCAAUUACCCUGAAUUUAUUAGAGGCCACAGUCUGGUCUCUAUGGACAAGGAAAUGCUUGUGUGUUUGAAAAAUGUAAGUUCUGAGUUCUCGACUGCCCCUAUUGCCCAAAGUGUUUGUAAGAUACCCUUUAAUAAUUACAACACAAAUCAGUGCUCCCUUCAAGAACUUAAAGGUGCAACAUCUAUCCAGUGUAAAGUCACUAAAUGCACCAGCUUGAAGUUUCAGGCUGUUUUUGAACCCACUAAUGGAAAUGAAUCAGAACAUAUAGUGAGCACAGAAUGGUCAGCACCCGGAGGAUGCUUUAAUGGGACCCUUUAG